GAGGAAAAUGAAAGCAUCUUCCUCACGCACACAACCUGCACAACGCUGAAUGUUACACAUACGUAGUGACAGAAAAGAACACAAGAAGGUAAAACAUACUCAGAACCACAGUCGCAUUCCCUUCCUGAGACAAAGACAUACUGCAACCAGCUAUCGCCAAUUCACCAAUCACAUAACCGACAACAUAAAGACGGAGAAACACCGAUCAAGAAACCGAGAAAAACAAUCAAGUGAUUAAUGGUAUGAAGUCGUGAUAUGGCUCUGGAUAUGGAGAGGACGGUCUCUAAAAUCAUGUUUGACUUCCAGAGGAACUCAACUUCUGAUGAUGACUCUGGCUGUGCACUAGAGGAGUAUGCUUGGGUGCCACCUGGCCUCAAACCUGAACAGGUUCAUCAGUAUUACAGCUUUUUCCCUGAGGACAAGGUUCCUUAUGUCAACAGCAUUGGUGAAAAGCAUCGGAUCAAGCAACUCCUUCAACAACUGCCACCGCAUGACAAUGAGGUUCGUUACUGUACCUCACUGGAUGAAGAAGAAAAGCGGGAAUUAAAGAUCUUCAGUAACCAGCGAAAGCGAGACAAUCUAGGCAGAGGAACUGUCCGACCUCUACCCCUCACUGUAACUGGAGCUAUAUGUGAACAGUGUGGAGACCAGAUCAACGGUGGUGACAUUGCAGUGUUUGCCUCACGGGUUGGCCACGGCCUAUGUUGGCACCCUCACUGUUUCGUGUGCUGUGUGUGUUCUGAGCUAUUGGUAGAUCUCAUCUACUUCCACCUGGAUGGCAAGAUCUACUGUGGCCGCCACCAUGCUGAACGACUUAAGCCACGUUGCUCAGCAUGUGAUGAGAUCAUCUUUGCAGAUGAGUGCACAGAAGCAGAGGGGCAGCACUGGCACAUGAGACAUUUCUGCUGUUAUGAGUGUGAUGCACCACUAGGGGGUCAGCGUUACAUCAUGCGUGAGGGACAUCCUCACUGCUGCAACUGCUUUGAGUCACUUUAUGCAGAAUACUGUGACUCUUGUGGAGAGCACAUAGGUAUAGACCAAGGUCAAAUGGCAUAUGAGGGUCAACACUGGCAUGCCACUGAAGAGUGCUUCAGCUGUGCUCGUUGCAAUCAGUCUUUGCUGGGUUGUCCCUUCCUGCCGAAACAAGGUUUGAUCUACUGUUCCCGUCUCUGCAGCCAAGGGGAUGAAACUGAGUUGUCAGACUCUUCAGACUCUGCUUUCCAGAGUGCCCGUUCCCGUCAGUCACGCCACAGUACUCAGAUUGGCAAGAAUGGGACAAAAGGCAAAGGUGAAGGUGUACGACAGACAUCAUCUGGCCCUACACAGUUGGUUGGUGAUCCAGAGUCUCUAGCUGUUCAAAUGGAUUUGCUGAGCAUCUCCAGCCCAGCUCCCAGUCGUACACCCCACCGCACACCAACGAGAACCCCAAGUAGAACACCAAGUCGGUCUCCAAGUCUGAACCGUGAGCAGUCAGUUUGGGUAAACAGGGAUGAGCCUUAUACCUAUGAGUCUCAACAAAGAGAAUCCUCCACAUCUUCAAAUCCCCAUCAGCUACGAAGCCAAUGUAGCAUGCGUAGCGCUUACCCUCCUUCUCCAAAUCAGCCACCCAAGAUAGUGAGCAGUCCAGAAUCUUGGUCCAAAGAACAGCCUGGGGGUAACUCCAAGAAGCCUCCAGCCAUGGCAGCUCUGAGGGGCCACUCUUUCAAUGAGAACUGGAUGCACCAUGGUCAGGAACCUGAAUUUCAUGCUCCUAAGCUCAAAACACAAAUGAGCUUCAAUGAAGUACCAAGCCGUAAUUCAGGAUUUUUGGACAAACGCAGUAUAAGCAUGCAAGGCUUUCCCAGAGAGAUGCGACCACCAUUGCUGAGGAGCAGGCACCAAUUUGGGCCAAAGUAUGGUGAACUUACACCAGUAGAACAAACACCAAGAGGUUCUACUGACUCACUGGCCCUUUCCUACACUACAGCAGGAAACUCUUUAGAUGGGACCAAUAGGCGUCAGGAGCACUUCUCUCGAUUUUCUAUGCCUGACCUGAGUAAAGACUCUGGGGUAAAUGUAUCUGAUAAAGGCACCAUGGGUACAUUAAACUCAUCAAUGCAGUUCCGCAGCACUGAAUCCCUGAGCUCUGUCCCAAGACCUCUUGCUGAUAUUGGCAUGCCUGUCAGAGUAAGGUACCCUCCUCCACUAUACUGGGAGUCACCUAGAGGUUUAAGUUUUGAGGAUCCAGUCAAAGGUCGCAUUGGUCUUGCAGGAAGCAUGUCCUGUAUGCAGGAAGGUAAUAACCAAGCAAUGACACCACGGCCAAGACACACUCAGACACAAGGCUCACCCAGACAGCAGCGCCAACGUCAACGUCACCACCGCAAAGGCCAUAAAGGUCACAAAUACCACUACCGCUCCGGCCGCUCUCGGUCAGACAAUGCCCUGCAUUUAGCUACGGACAAUCAGAGUUUCCCUGGGGACCCCAUUCAUAGAUUUCACAAUGACUUUGAGCGACCAUCCUCAUCAAGAGUUUCACACAAUCAAUUUGGAGCAAAUCAUGGGUAUCGACAACAAUUCUUUAGGCCUUGUCCUCGAACCACAUCUGACCUCACCUUGCAGGAUCCUGGAGGUCCACAGAUUGGACAGUAUAUGGGUAGGUAUGGAGAAACUGUUGAGGAUGAAGAUCAGUUUUGCUCAACUUGUUCCUCUUCAUCAGAAGUGUCAGAGGAUGAUGGUUACCUUCUGGGUGAAGUCAUUCCUCGGCCAGUGCAGCUGCGAUACUUUGACAACGAGGAAUUACGACAUCGUUAUAGUCCUACAGUGAUGGGUGGUCAAACUCAACUACAUACACGCAAACGGCGAAAGAGCAAGAACUGCAUCAUAUCAUAAGCAAAUGGUAAUGUGAGUGCGUGUAUCUGAGUGUGUGUAUGUGAGGGUGGGUAUACAGUAUACAACAGAAGUUAGUACAGUGAGUACAAACAGACAUGUAGACAGAUACAACCCAUAUGUUUAAAAUUUAAAAAGUUUUUAUGUUCACAGGUUAUUUUAUAACUAUGUUUGUGCAAUUAGGUUCAUUGGAAAAAUCUAAACAUGACAAUAACAUUGGCCAGUGACAGCCAAUUACAUAAUUACCGGCAUGACCACAGUAUAAAAUGGCUCCGGAAGAAUAUGUAAUCCAGCAAGUCAUGGCUUCUUCAUCUUAACUGACUGUUUAUGUUACCAUUAAGCUAUAUGAUUAGGAGUGCAUGUUACCUUCGCCAGAUGCUUUGCUCUGAUAUCCGCAGGUUUCACACAGCUUGUGUGUUGUGUGUGUGGUGAAGAGCAAGCACAUUUAGCUCUCGAGGGACUUGGAUGUGCUCUGCCAUCCUAGGAAUGAAUUAAAAGCACUCGACUCAUGAAGAGAAGGCUUGUGCUCGUUGUGAUGCAUUUUCAGGACUUCUGAGGGGGAGGUGAAUACUUCACCAUUUACCUGACUUUGUAGAUAGCGUUUGCACAAGUGCAUCCGCCUUUUGUGAGAUCAGCAGUGCAUUCGUGGCAGUGGUUUGCAUUCUCACUUGAUUUCCGAGGUAAUGGCACCCAUGAGAGCUGAAUGCAUUCUGCAUGGUGCAGUUGCUCGGAGAAUUGUCUGCCCAUUGCUCAUGGUUCCCAGUUGAUGGGCAUGGAAAGGACCUGAUGGGAAAUCUUUCCCUAUAAGUAAUUUCCUUCUGUUUACAUAGGAAUUGUUUAAUGUGGAUAACUGUCUGCAGAUGUUGGACACAUUAUUUUAUCAUGUUCUUGUCAGAUAACCACAUUAUAUUGCACUCCAAGAGCUCAUCUUCAUCCCUUCAUUUCCCCUGAUGCCACCAUCCCUCCACCUGACUGAGGUUAGGCAGGAGAUCUAUCUACUGACGGUCCAGACCCAAUUGUUUUCUUUAGACUUUGCCUUCAAAUUAUAUAUCUGUGAGCUUAAAUAAUGUUUGAGAGCCAUGGGUAGUGGUGGUAUGAUCUAUUUCAUGUACUCUGUUGCUAGUUUUAUUUACAUUCCCUAACUAGCCUUUAUCUGCAGUGCUAUUUGGUCCUGUUUCGGUUUUUCUGACUUCUGUUUUUCGUAGGUUUGACCCCCUAUUUUGAUAGUAUUUUGUGUUUCAGGAGGUAGGGGGUUUGUGUGGGGUUUCAGAGAAGGGUUAGGGUGAGUCUGUUACGUAACACAGAGACAGGAUGUAAUCGCAAGGCGUGUUUAUUGACAAAUAGCACAAAAGUCAAAUAUGCACAAUGAAUCACAGGGAAACACAGGUGGGGGGACACAAGUCUGAUGGAACUUUGGUGGACAACAGAUGAUGGUGCUCGGUCCCGUGAUGAUCCCUUGAAUCCUGGUGCGUGUGUAAUCCUCGUGACGGUGCUUGGUAAUCCAGUGCUGGGUGAAGAUCCAGGAAAAAACGACGAUACAGGAAGACUCAGGGACACAGGAGCAGGUACGGGAGCACACCGGGGAGAAACAACGAUCUGACAACAUGAAACACAAGUUACUGAACUUAUAUAGGAGACAAACAAUUGAAACCAGCUGGCGCUGCUGAUCAUCGCUGAUCAGUGACCACGCCCACAGACACACACACAACAGCACGCUAGACGAGAGAGAGAGUGAAUUCAUGAACCGUGACAGAUUUGAGUUCAGGGCUCUCGCAGCCUGGGGGAAAAAGGUGUUGAGCAGUCUGGAUGAGCAGGUUCUGAUGCUCCGGUACAUUCUUCCUGAUGGUAGGAGCUGGAAGAGACUGUAGGAGGGAUGGGUGGGGUCCUUCCUGAUACUGUUUGCUUUGCUGGAUCAUUGUAUGAGGAAAAUGUCCAGGAUGGAUUGGAGAGGGUCACCAAUGAUCUUUGCAGCUGUUUUCACUGUCCACUGGAGGGCCUUGCAGUCAGCUGCACUACAGUUCCUGUACCAGACAGUGAUGCAGCUGGUCAGCACACUUCCUAUGGUUCCUCUGUAGAAUUGGGUGAGAAUGGGUGGAGGGAGAGUUGCUCUUUUCAGCCGGCAGAGAAAGUGUAGGCGCUGUUGGGCCUUCUUGGAGAGUGACAUGGUGUUGGUGGUCCAGGUGAGAUCCUCUGUGAUGUGCACUUGGAGCUGAACUUGGCAGUCCAGUCUUAGGUCAGCAAUGUAAAGAGCAGUGGAUUGAGCACACAGAUAACAAGAUAUCUGUCAGCUGUUCAGCACCGUAUCUCAGUACACGGCCAUGUAUGUUGUCAGGACCCGUAGCCUUGCGUGGGUUAAUUCUAGAUAGGUUUUUCCUUAAGUCAGCUGGAGACAUACCUCGUUAUGAGGUAUGGGCAGUUUCUGUGCUGGUGUGUCAUUCUGCAUUUCAUACCAUGAAUCAAAGUGGUUUAGUGCAUCCAGGAGAGGUGUGUCAUUAUCACAGGCCUGUGGCAGGAGCUUGUAGUCAGUGAUGGUCUGAAAGGCCUGCCACAGGCUCCAUGCUUAUCUGAUGUCUGUGAAGUGAUUUGUGAGGUACCUGCCUCUUUAAACAUGUUCCAGUCUGUGCACUGAAAGCAGUCCUGUAAUGUUGAGGUAGCAUCAUCUGGCCAAACCGUGAUGUGUUUUUGAACUGGUUUGGCGAAUUUCAGAAGUGGUCUGAAUUCUGGAAUUGGCAUAACAGAAAGGUGAUCCGAGUACCCGAGGUGGGGGCAGGAUACAGCCUUGUCCGCAUUCUUUUCUGUUGUGUAAACAAAGUCCAGUGUGUUUUUUAUCCUUGUUGCAAAGUUCACAUGUUGAUAGAACUUUGCCAAAACUGUCUUUAAGUUUGCGUGGUUGAAGUCAUCGGCUAUUAUGAAAAAGCCAUCUGGGUUUUUUGUUUGUUGUUCGCUUAUGGUGCUGUACAUCUCAUGAAGGGCAUCCUACACUUUAGCACAUGGGAGGACGUAGACUGCACUAUAACAAUGGCCGUGUACUCCCAUGGAAGAUAAAAUCAUCGAUACUUCAUAAAAAUAAACUCCACCAGCGAUGUACAUUAUUUUGUCAGACAGAGGCCUCUUAGAUUCUCAGUCAUCACCGUGAAAGCUGAGGUUUGUACACACUGCCACUUUCCAAAAGGCUCUGUCGAUCAUAGAUGUGUUUCCAAGUGUUUAUCUGAUGAUUUCUGCGAUAAGGUGAGACAAAGAUGAGAAAAUUAGACUAAAAAUCAUAAAAACACUAUUUUUGGGACCCGGAGUAGCCGCUGCGUCUGACUGCACCACCAUUUUGGUGAUUAAUUGCCCUUAUUUGGUUGAGCCUAGCAGUGCUCCCUUCACAUCACAGGCUUACCUUUGAGAAUGCCGCUCCCAGUUAAGUGUCUGAGGCCUCAUCUCAUCAAGUCCUCCGCUCUCUGGAACUCCAAUGAGCAGCAAAAAAGUGUUAUAUUAAACUGUGAGUAUUUUAAUAAUUAUGAAUCGGUCUCAUUACUUCACUGUAACCCAGAAUGUUGAUGUUUUUGAAAAAGUGGGAAUAUAUAUAUAUAUAUAUUAGGGAUAUGCUGGUAUCAAAUUUUCCUGUUGCGGUUAAUUGAUGAUGCUUUUAUCACGCAAAUGAAAAUACAGUACAAUACAUAAAAUAUAGUGUAAUCAGUUUUGGACAUUGCAUAGUGCUCAUUCAAUAAGUGUACAGCUAAACAAUGAACAAUAGCUACAUUUACUAUAUAAGCUAUUAAUCUUUAAAAAAAUACAAGUCUUAGUUCAUGUUAGCUCAUUAAAUAACACAGUUGCAACUUUUAAUGUUAACAAUGUGUUUUUAAAUAUUGGAAUACAUAAGAUUAAUGAAUGUUCAGAAUCAUUUUUUUUCAUUGGCAGUUUAAGUUAACUAAUGAAGCCAUAAUGUAAAGUGUGAAUGAACAAUAAAAGAUCAAAAUACUUUCAAACAAUAUCUAGUACAUGUGAAGUCCAGAUGAUUUAUUUAUUUUUUUUAUUUUUUAAAGAUUAAUAGCCUAUUAAGUCUGAAUAUUUCAGUAGUUGGCUCUGUAAUAAACACCAUAGGGAAAGCACAAACCUGAAUGGUUAUUUAAGAUCAUUUAAAUAUGGUUUAUAAAGUAACAGCUGCUUUAGUUACUAUGUUUACAGGGUAAGGGCUGCAUUUAGCGCCCAUCUGCUGUCAGAGAGUGAAUGUGCUUUCAUUCCUCCAUGUGCUUCUCAUGCAUGCUUGUUUACAUCAGAGCGCACAGGCUCUUUCAAGCAGCAUACAGCGGUGUUAUGCAUUUUAAGCAGCUGAUGCGAAUACUAUUCUUAAAAUGCAUUCCAAAUUCUGAAUCAUUUGUAAUGUAUAUUUAUUCAUGGUAUUUAGAAGUGCCCACAAUAACAAUAUUGUGCAUAUUAAUCACCGCAAUAUAUCACAUUACUGAAUACCGGCGCAAGUCUAAUAUAUAUAUAUUGUCAGAACCUCAGAAUCUCACCCUAGAGGGACCCUCUAGGCAAGCAAUUUCGGCCCAGAACCGGCCCACAUCUUGAACUUAGCAGUGCUCCCCUCAUUCUGGAGGGUCACUGGUGAGCACGCCACUCCCAAACUGAACAUUUGAGUUUCUCUCUGUCGAGUCGAGUCCUCUGCUACCUGGGGCUCCAUUGGCCAGCCACACCAGGUUGUUAAGCCACAUUCUGCUUCCCUGUUAGACUGCUUUUAAGAACCCUGGUGGGUUGCUUUUUUGGUUGAGCCCAGCAGUGCUCCCCUUGUCCUCAAGGGUCAUUAUUUGUUAGAGCACACCGCUCCUAAUUGAGCAUCUGAGUUUUCCUCCUGUUUUGUGAGUCGAGUCCUCUGCUCUUUGAAGCUCCAUUGAGCAGCUGUCAUUUUGUAAGGCCCUUUUUGCCUCCCUGUUAGACUGCUCUAGAAGGAGAGCCUAGCAGUGCUCCCCUUGUUCUUGAGAGUCACCUAUGAGAAUGCUACUUCCAAAUGAGCGCAUGAGUUUUCCCCUGGUUGAGUCUUCUGCUCGUCAGAACUCCACUGAGCAGCCAUGUCAGGUUGUUAGGCUCCUUUUGUCUUAUUUUUUAGCUGCUCUUAUGGUUGAACCUACAAGUGCUCCCCUUUUUCCAUGAGGGUCACCUAUGAGUUUCUAACCCACUUUAGGCAUUCAAACCCUUCAGCUUUCUCUAGUAACCAUACUAUCUUCUGCCUCCCUGGCAGGCUGGUCAAGCUUAAAAGAGCUCCCCUCCCUGAUUGCGAGUCCUUUGCUUUUAGAGCUUAGUCUGAAAUCCAUUUUUAUGGUAAGUGCACAUGCUAGUUCUCUGUGCACUUCUUUUAAAAUCCAUAUUCAUGGUAGGUGUGUACACUAAGCCUUUGCGCACCUUUCUGAAAGCCUUUAUGGUAAGGGUGACACGAUGCUAGCCUCGUGCCCUUCCUCUGAGUUGGCUCAGACCCCGGAAUCCUAACAUGGGCCCCACUCUACUGACUCCUGCCUGAGCGUCUGUCAUGGCCUCUCUUCUGAGUAUCAAGGCCCUGUAGAAGUAUCUGAUUGCACAGUACUAUUUAAACUUAACUGAGCUGGAUGAUGACAUCACUGAAUUAAAUGAUGAACUGUCUUUAACUGAAUACUGUUUUGUAAUUUAGCCUUUAGGUUGUAAGGCCAUUUCUCCCUUCCUAUUAGGUUCCUCUCAUGGUAGACUCAAGAAAUACAAGUGGGCAUGAUUAUCUAGAGUUCUGCCCUUUACUUUAUGACUGCUUUAGUCUGGAUAGCGAAGCUCCCCUCAGCUUGAGGGUUCUUCAAUGAGACACACCACCUUCAGAUCCACAGGCGCUAAGCUGAGUACCCUGCUACUCCUGAGCAGUCUCAGUCACAUCAAGUACUGGCCCGCCAUGGUUUUUGUGACCUUUUUAGUAAAGAUAUUUCUAAAAUCCAUAUUUAUGAUAAGUGCAACACACUUCUUCACUUCUUUAAAAUCCAUAUUCAUGGUAGGUGUGGACGUUAAACCUUUGUGCUCCUUUCUAAAAUCCUUUAUGGUAAGGGUGAUGCAAUGUUAGCCUCAUCCCCAUUCUCUGCGUUGGCUCAGGGCCUGGUUCUUACUUUGGACCCCACUCUCCGUGUUUGUAUCUUUUUUUUAUACAUUUUUAAGCAGGGUGUUUGCUACUUAGUUCCCAGAGUAUCAUGUGAUCCUCUGAUAGCUCGUUUUAAGAGCAGAGGGUAGCCCACUGGGUAAUAGGCCAAGAUAUGGGUUUAGGUCAGCCUUGAAACUCAGCCACCUGCCCUUAAGGGAUCACAUAGCAUUGAGCUUUGCCCUGGGCUCAGGCUUCCUCAAGCCAGUCCCUCGAAAGGUAAGUUAUUUGGUGCCUAACUCAGGCAUUUGGUCAUAGGGGAUGAUGUCACUGUCAGCCGUCAAAGCGUCCCAGGGGCAACUCCCUUAACUUGGUUGAGUUAAUACUUAGUGUUCUCCUUAGUAUUGGCACGCACUCCCUCAGCAUAUCAACAUAGGUAUACAGUUCCCCAAAGUGACCUCUAGAGGAUGCAGUUUGAAUUUUCCCUAGGAAGGGAACGUCUCAGGUUAUAUUGGUAACCAUGUUUCCCUGAGAAGAGUACGAGACACUGCGUCCUCUAGACUCCACACCAUGCUGAGACAUAAGCUUCAAAUGAAGAAGCCGAUGACAUGUUCUCCCAGCGCCUUUUUAUACUGUGGUCAUGCCAGUAAAGUAACCAUAGGUUGUUGCCGGACAUUUUUAUUGUUGUGUUUAGAUGUAUGCUUCAGACCCCGGUCUUCCAGAAGGCAUUUGCCCAAAGCGACCUCUAGAGGACGCAGUGUCUCAUUCCCUUCUCGGGAAACCAUUGUUACAUACGUAACAUGAGACGUUUUGUUUCAAUGACCACAUAUUUUCCAACUUGUGUGUCUGUCAUUACAUAUGUAGAGUACAUCAGGGCUAAAGGUACACUGGGGUAAAAAGCACAUUUGAUGUAAUUCUUCUUUACACUACUAGAUGGCACAAAAAUGAACUUCAGCACUUUCCUUAACGACCAGGAUUGACUAUACACAUGGAAAUUUGGCAGAAAGAAACACAAAUUCUGGGCUACUGUGAUCUAAUAUUAAUUCAUUUGUUGUGUUUUUUUUAUAUAUAUACUGUUGUAUAUUUUAUGUAUCAAAUGAUAAUAAAUUAAAUUGACUAUAUAAUUUGUUUAAGAUAAUUAAAGCUGUUGGCGCCGAUGGCCUUGUUCUUAGUGUGCCGAUGUAUAUACAGCACAACUGUGCUCACGGUGAACUGAGUUUGAUUCCCCUCUCGAGGUCCAAAGCUGGUCCCACUCCCCUUACUCUAUACAAUACUCAUCUGUCCACUGUCCCAUCUAAAUAUAACUUGGUAAAAAAUGCUGUUGUCCCUGCUGUUGGUGAUAUAGGUAUAAGGUAUAAUAAUUAACAUGAUGACAGGGUUAGAUUCAGAUGAUAAAUACAAUAUACUGUACUGGGUUUCCUAACAGAUAAUCACUAUAUUUAUAAUGAAACCAUCAUAUUUAAAAAAUAUGGUAUAAAUGUAUGUAUGUAUGCAUAUAUGCAAGGUGUUUUGUUUUUCUUUGGCAAUCUGAAACUUUGUAAGUAGCACAGAUAAACACAGUUUUCUUAAGAUGUGCCUUUAGCCUUGUUGUACCCUAUUCACUUGGGCCUGUAUUUUCAACAAACUUUUCUAAAGUAAUAAUUUUUGCUCAUAAGAGGACAUGCACUACAUAUAGAAAUAACACAAUUGUUGACAGGUGACAAUUUUUUAUGCACAGCGGUGUGCUGCAUGUGUUUGUUCUCAAUUAUCCUAUAACUAUGGGUUGAAAUCCAACUGAAGCAUGUUUCAGUUAUUGUAACAGAUCAUGUUCUGAUCUUAACUCAUGUGUUUACUGUGACUGGAGAUUGCACAAUGAUCAAAAGUGUUAACCUCUGUUAUUUGAACCACACAUUGAACUUUAUCUGUUGAUAAAAUAUGAAUUUUGUUUUGUAGAAAUUUGUGCAAUAACAAUUUGCGAUAUAACUUCAUUUCAAAAGAAGUGAAGACUCAGUGUGCACUUAACAUUCAGAAUUAGCAUAUGGAUUUUUAAUUUACCCUAAAAUGUCUUACAUCAUUGUUCAGUUACAUUACUCUUGAAAAGAAUUUGGGAUUACUGAUCAGGAUAUAGAUCAGAACUCAAAAACAUCUAAUCACAACCAUUGUUUUAUAUACAUUGCGAUUCUGAUUCUAGUCAAGGUUACAUUCUCUCCUUUCUUACCCCCCCCCCCCCCCCCCUUAAUUUUUGGUAUAAUUUUGUGGCAAUACAGUUUACUAUAAUCCCCACGCUGCUUACUGUUGAUUGUUCUAAAUAGUUUCCUAGUAUGCGAUCUUCAUGGUUUUCAACUUGUUUUAUUAAUGUUGUUUUAAAAUUGAACUUUUAAAAAAUGUUUAUCAUUUUGCUGGGCAAUGUUGGUAAUGGUUUUAAAUGCAAUAUUUUGUCUUUUCCAGAGUCAUUAAAUACUAUUUACAAAUAAUAUCUUAAAUUUAAAUGUUUUCCUAAUGAUGAAAAACUAUACAUAUAUAAACAAUGUAGUAUUGUAAAAGUUCUGUAAAUAUUGUCUUAAAUAUUUCUAUAUUUUGUAUCCUCAGAUGCAUUAUUUGUAUCAUAUUGUAGAGUGUAGAAUUAUACGGUGACUGCAUGUGUAUCCCCAGUUUAUGUCUUGUAUUUGAAUUAAAUAACUAUUAACAA